AUGGCGGAAGGCCUGAGAACGGCUGCAUCCUACGAUGAGAUCGCAAGAAAGCGAGCAGGCGACAUGACAAGCAAGGAGUCCCCUUUCCGUUUUUUUAACAAUUAUGUAAAGAAACGUCUCAUUCAAUUUGCUUUGGAUCAUUUAAAGGAUAAGGUGGGAUGCUCCGGCGCAAAGGUUCUCGACCUAGCCAGUGGGCGAGGCGGUGAUAUUGGGAAGUGGCUUCAUUGUCAAAGUCCCGAAUUGAGUUUUCUCACGGUAAAGUUGCCACGAACACUUUUAACUAGGGCGACCUUUUUGGAUUGUUACGAUGUUUCUUCCGAGUGCAUUGCCGAGGCGAGGAGACGCUACAAGGCGAUUGCAUCAGAUGCCGAGUGUGAUUGCGAUUGCGUCUUCACCGUUAAAGAUUGCUUCAGCGAGGAGUUUCUCCGUGGCCAGCUGCCAGCGUCAGAGAAUUUUGGUAAAUUUAACAUUGUCUCCAUUCAAUUUGCAUUUCACUACGCAUGUGAUACACUAGAGCGUAUUGACAUGGUGAUGGCAGCAAUAGCCGGUGCACUGGCGCCUGAUGGUGUGUUUAUUGCGACGACAGUGGACGAAAAGGUUCUUGCUGAGCGUGUGAGAAAGAAGCAAACCAAAAGUAGCGGGUUGUUUUCAUUGUACUUUGAUUCGGAGCCCGUGUGGGAAGGGGAUAGGCUUGCUGUGGGUACGAAGUAUCAUUUUGAAUUGGAAGGCUUUGUUGACUGUGACGAAUAUGUUGUUCCGGCCUCUUACGUCUGUGAGCGUGCCAUGCAUUACGGCAUGGAGGAAGUGACGGAAUUUUCAAAAACGUUUCAGUCCUUAUACGAGGGAUACAAAAAGAACCGGAACAAAAAUAAGGGACGUUAUUUGGUUGGCGGCGCGUUGGAGCUUGCCACACUGUACCGCACCUUUUGUUUCCGUAAGGUGAGUUAA